AUGACCGACGAGGACGUGAAGCCAACAAGCGCUGAACUACAGGAUGUUCUCAUGUCCGGAGUAACCGAGAAUGGAGACACUCCUGGCAAUGUCACCCCUGCUGUGCCAGGAGCUCGGACCGCCCGCCCGAAUUUCAAGACGCGCUUUAUACUUAGUGGGCAUACGCGCUCGAUCUCUGCUGUCAAGUUCAGCCCCGACGGUAACAUGCUGGCUUCUUCAGCCGCGGACAAGCUUGUAAAGAUCUGGGACGCGAAGACCGGCGACUUCAUCAAGACGUUGGUCGGUCAUACGCAAGGCAUCUCAGACAUAGCCUGGUCCAGCGACUCGGAAUACCUCGCAUCUGCCUCUGAUGACAAGACUGUACGAAUAUGGGGCAUGGACACGCAAACAACGGUAAAGGUCCUCUAUGGGCACACGAACUUUGUGUUCUGCGUAAACUACAACCCACAAUCCAACUUGCUUGCGUCCGGGGGCUUCGACGAAACUGUACGAGUGUGGGACGUGGCGCGAGGGAAGUCCCUCAAGGUGUUACCAGCGCAUUCGGAUCCAGUCACCGCUGUGAGCUUCAAUCAUGACGGCACGCUGAUUGUCUCGUGCUCCAUGGACGGCUUGAUUCGAUUGUGGGAUGCUGAAUCCGGCCAAUGUCUGAAGACUCUGGUAGAUGAUGAUAACCCAAUAUGCUCGCAUGUUCUGGAGGGCCAUAGAGAUACUGUGCUUGCGUUAGCAGUGCACCCGAAGAAGGCUUGCAUAGCAACGGCGUCAAUGGAGAAGGACUUGUCUAUACGGCUGUGGUUCGACGAGUCGGCGCUUCAGGAUGAUCUCGCUAUGGACGUUCAGUAG